AUGGCAUUGGGGAUCCUCCGGUGCCGCCUGGACGCUGCUGAGCCCUCGGAGCCGCCUCUCACCGUCGCCUUCUUCCUCUCCGGCAAGUGUCGUCCGCCACCGUCGCUUGCGAGCUUGACUGCGAGCAGCUCCGGCCAUCCCACGGCAAGCCACGGGUACGGGCAGGUGUCAUGCGCUGCAGGGGGUGUCUACAACAUCCCAGCGGUGAUGUCGGUGAACGGAUUCCAGGAAGGAGAGGAGGGCGGGCCGGCGAGGUGCGACGGCCAGUACCACAGCGACGACCUCUUGCUGGUGUCGAUGACUUCCAAGUGGUACGGGCCCGGCCUCCGGUGCGGCAAGAUGAUCAGCAUCAAGAGCUCGGGUGGGAUCACCGUGCAGGCCAUGGUGGUGGACGACUGCGAGAAUGGCUGCGGCGACAACGAGAUCAGCACAUCGGCUGCCGUGUGGAAGGCCAUGGGGCUCGACACCAGUAUCGGUGAGGUGUCUGUCAUCUGGUCGGACGUCUAA